AUGGUGCCGGAUACUGCAGUACCUCCGCCGACAGCAGCAGCAGCAGCAGCACCGGCUGGAUCGGGAACAUGUGAUUUCGCAGCAGCUCCGCCAGAUUUCUCGAAACCUCCGCCAACACUGGACAUCACUGGUGCUUCAAAUAAAAGCAGUACACCAGUACCGGCAGUACCGCCACAUCUGGCAAUGCAGUCUUCAACGAGCGAUGGACCUCCAGGAGUGGAUGAACCAGCACCGCCAGGUUCAUCGACACCACCCACAGGCUUCGCCGAUAUGGCUGCAAGACAUAUCCCCACUUUGGAUACGUCUGUCCCACCUCCAGCGUAUCUUUUUUUUCCAAAUUCAUUUACAAAAAUUAAAGUGUUUUUUAUCGAGCUUUAG